AUGCCCAAGAGACACUACCGGGCCUGGACUCCCGGCGAGGAACGUGACUACCCAUCAUGGGUAUCUCGUCAUCUCCAUUUAACAUGGCCGGAGAGGGCAAGAUUAUAUUCCAUCGAACGCAAACCCAGAACGAGAGAGUCUUUGCGGACCAAACAUCGACUGCUGGAGAAGGACAUCCGACGGCACCGCCGUCCAAAUAGCAAACCCUCAUCGCGGCUCAGGCGUCGCAUCCCCCAGAGAAAGGAUCAUAGCCAGCGGAAGGCUUGGCCCAGUCCUAUCUCGAUCAGCACCCCCACCCCUUCCGAGCAUCGUUUGGACGACCCGAGCGCGGUAGCGAUGCCGGGGAUAAGGAGACGUACCCCUACACGCGUGAUCUCAGCUAAACGUGGGAGCCACAUGUGUUUGAUGCGUGGGCUUGUUAAAGGUUGGGGUAAUUCUCCCGGUAAGAGCAUGCCCCCGUGCCGUGAUCGAAGCCCUCUGACACUCACAACCUUCUUAGGAGCAGGAAACGGAAGUGAACGGAGAGCAUCCCCUCGGGCAUCAACUACAUCUGACAAGAUCGAUCGGCUGUGGCGGUCGGCAUACCGUGUCUCCGGUCGCACGAGGCAGUAG